UUUUGAUCUGGGAUUUCAAAGUCAGUUUAGAGUCUAUUAGGAUGCCUAGGUAUUUGAAUUCUGACACAACUUUUUCCCCCCUGUCACAUAAAUAUCUUUGACAUGAUUUGCAUUGUUGGAUUUAGAAAAGUGCAUUGAAACUGUUUUAUUUACAUGAAGUUUUGAGCAGGAUUGAUUCAGCCACACAGCACUGAAUCACAGCACCCCAUAUGGAACCCACAGGGCACCGCCUAGAUUGGUGUAGUCUUCGCCUCAUCCACUGGGGGCUUGAGUUUUAUUAUUGCAGGAUUAGAAAGCAUUAUUCCAAUAUGGAGGAACCAGGUCGCAGGUCUACUACAGUGUAGACUCCUACGCCUCGAGUCUUCCCCUGCAGUUCAUUGGUCCAGGCAGCAGGUUCAGCACCACGCAGGGUGAACAGCGCCUCUCAGCCCUUCCAUCGGUCCAGGAUGCAGGGGAAGCUGCUCAGCACCAUCACACCGGGUUCCUUCCGUUUUUACUCUGCAUGACAUCUUUUUAUCCAUCCAUAGGAAGCCUUUACACAGGAAGCAGAUUCGUUUUAUCAUCUUGUAUCGCGGAUGUUCGGGUGCUUCACAGAUAACGUUCAUUUCGCCUGGUCUGCUUUGCUUCGGGUCGAAAGGCAUGACGGAAUCCACUGACACCAUCGCUCGGGUUCUGUCCAGCUGCUUCAUCUUCUCAUGCCCGAAGCCGCAGUCGCCAACACAGCUGCUGCCGCUCGAUCACCGGGUCUCUCAGCCGGCGCCCAGCUUCCAGUCGCUCCCCAAAGCCCUCUUAUGACAUGACAGCUCCGGGCAGGAGGACCAGGAUCAAAUGUUGCGGACUGGGGUUGAUGAAGCAAAUCCUCAAGGAAAGGGUACAGAGACUAAGAGUUAUUCUCUAAAAGUGUUCAACCCUUCUGAUUUGGAGCCUCCAGGAGUCAGAAAGUCAAUGUAAACCUUAUUCUAAUACCUCCAGCGUGGUGACACACACCUCUGCCUCCCAGUCUCAUCUGAUGUACGGCCUCAUAGUGUUGGUACUGGUCGAGUCCCAGCAAGCUGCGCGCUUCCCCGGGCCUGUGAGGUUCUCCUUCUCCUGCACAGUCAUGGGCUGCAUUCAGAGCAUAGCCUGCAACAAGUCGCGAAUCAAACGAGAGAACAUCUUGGUGCACGACCUGUCAGCCACCAUAGACCACUGUCCGACAGUCAUUGAAGAAAACUCCCCCAUUGUGCUGCGAUAUAAGACGCCCUACUUUAAAGCCGCUGCGCGGAUUGUCAUGCCUCCUAUUCCGCGCAACGAGACUUGGGUAGUAGGCUGGAUCCAGGCGUGCACUCAGAUGGAGUUUUACAACACCUACGGAGACAUCGGCAUGUCAAGCUGGGAGCUGCCUCAGCUGAGAGAAGGUCUGGUUAGGGCCAUCAGCGACUCGGAUGGCAUCAGCUACCCCUGGUAUGGAAACACAACAGAGACCGUCACCAUAGUUGGCCCCACCUCUAAGCCGUCGCGCUUCACCGUCAGCAUGAACGAUAACUUUUACCCGAGCGUCACCUGGGCGGUACCGGUCAGUGAGUCCAACACACCCUUAUUGACCAACAUCAAGAGGGACCAGAGUUUCACCACCUGGCUGGUGGCAUUAAACACCACGUCUAAGGAGAAGAUCCUGCUGCACACCAUCAAGUGGAGGAUGAGGGUGGACAUUGUGGUGGAUCCAUCCCAGCCUCUUGGCUCCAGAGCAAGGCUGGUGGGUCGGUUGUACCAGGAGCAGCCACGAGUUCUGAACCGCAUGGAGCCCGUCCCUCCAAACGCCAUGGGGAAGCCAAACGCCAACGACGCCCAGGUUCUGAUGUGGAGGCCAAGGAGAGGUCCCCCGCUUGUUGUCAUCCCGCCGAAAUAGAGCAAGGGCUGGUUUCUUACUAAUGUUUCUGCUUAAAAGUGACAAUGAGCCACAGAUGAGUAAGACGAUGAUGGAGAGGAUUUAACUGAUGAAGAGUGGACAGCUGCCUUAAUUCCCCACCGCUGCCUUUGACCAUCCAGAAGGUUUCAGCCUCUGCCUCUGGUGCUGCUGAACUUUGAGGGUAUACAUAUGUUCCCUCCCUCAUAGCACAUCUGAGAGGAGUGCUGUUUAACUCUGAGAAAACACCAUCAGUGCUGGGAUGUAACUUUAAUCUCUGAUGUAGCUCCUCAGGCUCAGGAGGACACGACCAAGCCUUGAUCUAGGCAGUUAUUUAAAAAAAAAAAAAAAAGGUUUACAGCCUUAAAGCUCCAAAUCUAUUGUAGAUACAGAAAUGCAUUGGAGGCCAAGGUCUAAGAAAGACAACUGUAUUGUGGAAACUAAUCAUUUUAUUUUCAGAUGAAUGGUAUGAAUGUAGGUAUUCAGGUGCAUUAGUCUGUGCUGGUUUGUUUUUAUAAUGGAGCCCCCAGUGCUGGGUUCAGGCUUGCUGCUGACACACCAGACUGCCUCACACACACAAAAAGCCUCAUUCAGAUUCAUUUUUGAUUCAACUUUCAGCAUUUAGAUCAUUUGAAGUGUUGACCUAUAACAGUUAAACAUUAUAGCCACACUGACACAUGAAUGAAACCUACCUUCCUUUUCUAACAGCUUCCCAGGUAUUACAGUGUUUCCCUUUGUAAAGUCAGAGGCCUGCUGGUGUUAGUCUGUGAAGGAGACAAAGUCAAUGAGAUUUGACCAGCUGUUUUGCUAGAAAACCAUCCCUCUAAGCAUUUUGCCACAGUAUUAUCUCAUAGACCCACCCCCUCAACUCCAUCUUUCAGUGUUACCUACAGCGUUUUAGGGUGUGCUUGAGGGUCGGGGUAUCUGAUCCAUGAUGAGAUUAUUUAUAUAAAAAAGCCACCUUGACGUGAGAGGAACAACUAACCAGAUCUACACCCUUCCAGAGCUGUGAUUAUCCGAUCUUUAUGUUUUUUGCGGAUCUGGACAAGGUUUGUAAUCUCUAGAGGUUCCUUUAGACGAAGGAUACUUGAAGAUAUAGAAGAGAAGAUGUGUCAUGAUUUGGUGCAGGUCUUUCUUUUCUGCAAUUGAUGUUUUGUUGGUUCACAAUCAGGUGUAAAGCAGCAAAGACUCUGAGCCAAACGUGCUGCUCCAUCUGCAGUAAGGAUGAAAAAAAGAACAAAAUCAAAAAGUAACCAGUAUACUUCAUCAGUGUUCUGACAAUCAUCCAGGAUCAUGGAACAUACAGAUUAUGAGCAAAAGAAAAAAAAAAUCUGAUUUAAGUGGAUGAAAGAAGCUUUUUCUGUGAGGUGGAUGUGCUCAUAGUUAGAGAUAAGGUAACAUGCUUCAUCAGGGUUAGGGAUUGGAUAAACCCUAAAGUCAGCUGAGGUGGUUUGGCAUAGUUUACUAGAUUGAAACCUGCAAAAUCCCAACACUACCUUCCUAUACCAGGGUUUCCAUAACAGAUAAGUUGCCUCUGAAACCGAUCUCUGAAAAACGAAGGAUAAAGGAUGAAGUGGGGGUUACAGUUCGUCAAGAGCGCACGAAAUUCAAACACAGAUCUUUGCGUUUUCAAACGAAAAUAUGUUCUUUCUACACAAUUUUGGCCUUAGACAACAAAGUUAAAGUAAACAAUAUCUCAUCUAUCUCAGAGGCUAAAACAAAUAGUAGCUUCGAGAGAUAAAGGUGUCCCUGUUUACAGAACCAAGUGUUCAAAAACAUGAGAGAAACAGCAACUGGGGUGUUGAAAGUAAACAGUGUCUGUUUCUUGUGUGAAUUAAGGGAUUUUAUUGAUAACUGGUUUGAUGCUCUUGUAGUUUUGUUUUGGGCUGUUAUCAGCUCUGACAUGCAGGCGGGUCUGUUUAACAUCUAGAUUAUUUUACCGCAGACAUUACCUGCUGUAAAACAUUUGGACCAGGGAUCAGUAUUAUCAGUAAAGUUUGCACCAGUACAUGCAUUUAUCAGUCAGUAUUAAUGGUGCCUUUGCUGAUUUGGAAGCUGCAGGGGUCAUACGUUUACUCACCUCUUGAUAUUCUUGGUGGAUUUGCUCUGUGUUCCUGGGUGGUCAGGUUAAAGGUUUGUGCUUUUUCUUAAAUGUUGGAGUAAAGCUUUUAAUAAUCCAACCCCUGAACAAUUAACCUCUGACCCCUUUUUCUGGGUUAUUGCUGUUGUUUUUUUCCCCUACAAUUUAAAAGUUUUGAUGGGCUGUGAUGACUUUUUUCAGUCGUAACAGAUUUUGGAAGUGUCUUUGUGGUGAAGCCAGCGUUGUUUUACACAAUUGUGUUUUUCACGCAGUAUUGUCAAGACUUUGAUACCGUUUUAUAACCCUCCUCUGUUUGAGCAGAAAUAUUUCAAGAGUUUCUGAUUCUUUUAUGGAAAUUGAGAAAGAAGAAUAAAAAAACAACAACAACAUUUUGGGAAAAAGUCCAAACAAAAUCAAGUCCUUGAAGAUUUUCCACAAAACAUCUUAUCCUUAAUUCUAUAACUUUCUCCCUUUUGUAUAAGUUAGCCAUUUUAAUACAUUUUUCAUGCUGUGUCCCUUGUCAGCCAAAAAAAUAUCUUGGGUAGUUAUUUUGCUGACAUUAAAUUCAAAACAAUCAAAUCUUAAAAGUCAAAGCUUCCUAAUUUUAUGCCUAUUUCAUGCUAACGGCACAUCAAAUGUGUAUUGAUAGCUCUUAAACCUUUUAUCCAUAUAUUAACAAUGGCCAGCAGGAUAAGGUUUUAAAAAUUUGCACACAUAUAUUUUCCCAACAACAAAAACAAAAAAUACUUUGUUGCUUUAAAAAAACUGUUGGAUUUUACUUAGUAAGCUGCUGUCAAAAUUAUAAACUUCUCAAAUAUGAUAAAGGAAUCUAAACACUGCAGCUUGGUUCAACAAGUUAAUGAAGAUAAAAUCAGUUACAAAAUGUCCUGUCUAGUUAAUCGAAUUCUAUGGAAGAGGAU